CACAGCUGGUCGCGCGCUCUUGCCAGUGUCGCGCGCUUUUUCAUUCACAGUGGGACUCGGCGCGAGCGGAGAGAGCAGCGCGGAGGCGGGAGUCACUCAGUCUCUUUCAGUGAGGAGAAGAGUUCACUAAAGGAGCAGAUCAAACUCGCUCUCGUCCAGUGAGGAGCAGACUUCGUUAGAUUUUAGAGUUACGGUCGAGUUUCAUUCGAGUUGACCGGAGAGCUGCCUCCGAAAGUUACACGAGUAGCGAAGUUCUCGCGUCCGUUUCUUUUUAGUCAGCUGUAAGUUCGUUUUAUAGGCUAGUAGUUUUGACUUCUUGUCUCUGUCUUCAGUUUUGCUAGUUUUAUUCACUGGCUGACAACGAUGCCGAGAGCUUUUUCGUCGAAAUAGGUUUCCAGUCACGCUUGGUCACUUUUGCGGAUUUAAUCUGUGUCGUGUGAUGUUUACUGUGUGGAAACUUAAACUCUUCACUUGGCUUUUGCAGUUUUAAGUGAUCUUAUUCGUGGCUUUUCACAGGUGAAUGAGUUUGGACAGCUGUUCCCCAUCAGUUUUUCCUCUUCAAUGGUUUGACUAAAUUACCGUUGGAGAUCCUCCGCUGACAGAAGACGUUUAAAAACUUAACGUUACUUUCUGAGUGUUUCGAUACGUUGCAAACAUGGACAAAUACGACGAUUUGGGACUUGAGGCGAGUAAAUUCAUUGAGGACUUGAACAUGUAUGAAGCAUCGAAGGACGGCUUGUUUCGCGUGAAGAGAGAUGCAGGAAACAACCCGGAUUUUGAAGAAACAAGGAGAGUUUUUGCCUCGAAAAUGACUAAAAUACACAUGCAGAAGCAGCAGGAGGAGAUGGCAAGAAACAGUUUGGCAGCAAGGAUCAAUGGAAGUCAUACGAAAGUGUCAGAUAAUACAUUUUACACCAAAGACAGACCACCCAUCAAUAGUUACAGACAGGGUGGUGAAGCAGCAGCCAAACCGCCCAUCAUGUCUGGACCGACGGUUGGCACUGCCAGUGUGACCCCAUACGUAUCUUAUGACGGACAAAAACAUCAUUCAGCCAGCUUACAUGACGGAUCCAGCAACAGGGCUUAUGAUAUUAAAGAGACUGGGAAUGUUGUUAACCCAAUACCAGUGCCAGCCCGAUCAGCACCCUCUACCAGCCCCCCAGGCACAUUGGGGUCAAGAAGCGGUUACCCGUCUCAGACGCCAUCGUCUCCUUUUUCAAACAGUUCCUCCUCUUCUAGCUCACCUGUAGCUGGUCAGAAUUAUUCUCCAGUGUCUCAGGGAUUCCCUCAAACAGGGAAGUCUCCUUCUCAGUCACCUACAGGAACAUACAGGGAUGCAUAUCACCAGCCUCAACCGGUUAGCCCUGGUCAGCAUUGCCAACCAAACUCUGCCCAGUGGCCUGCCACGUAUCAUAACGGGGGAGCUCCUAAUAUUAGCACCCCCUCCUCUACCCAGGUGACCCAACCUCUAUUGUCCCAUGGAGGGAAGCAAGGUGAGCCAGCCCAACCCAAGAGCACUGCAACCUGUAAUCCGACAAUGCCUGCUUUUACACCGGUGGCCCCUGUCGAGUCGCCCCAUGAUGAGUCUUCCAGCCCUUCUCGGGCGCUCAAACUGCCAUGCCAGACCCUCCAUGUACAGACAGAUCAGGGGCCAUCUGCGGCUGAAAUAAAAUUAGAAGCUCUAACUGAACGCCUGGAAAAGGAGAUGGACGCCCAGCCAAAGGCUGAGUACUUUGGCAGUUGUGUGAAGUGCAACAAGGCUGUGUAUGGAGCGAGUCAGGCGUGUCAGGCCAUGGGCAGCCUCUACCAUGACAGCUGCUUCACCUGCAGCGCUUGCAGUCGAAAGCUUCGAGGGAAAGCCUUUUAUUACGUCUGUGGGAAAGUGUUUUGUGAAGAGGACUUUCUGUACUCUGGGUUCCAGCAGUCUGCCGACAAAUGCAACGUGUGUGGACAUUUAAUCAUGGACAUGAUCCUGCAGGCGCUGGGAAAAUCGUACCACCCAGGCUGCUUCCGCUGCGCCAUCUGUAAUGAGAGUCUGGAUGGAGUGCCUUUCACUGUGGACACAGAGAACAAGAUCUACUGUGUGAAGGACUAUCACAGAGUUCUUGCUCCUAAAUGUGCAGCAUGUAAUCAGCCGAUCCUGCCCUCUGAGGGAUCAGAUGAAACCAUUCGAGUGGUUUCCAUGGACAAGGACUACCACGUGGAGUGUUAUCACUGUGAGGACUGUCACAUGGAGCUGAAUGACGAGGAGGGCCACCGCUGCUAUCCUCUGGACGGACACCUGCUGUGUCACGCGUGUCACCUCAAACACAUCGACCCGGCCUCCUCGCCGUCUGCUGCAAACAGCUACCGCAGUCAGUUUUAAAGAUCUGCCUCCCCCUAGUGGGUGUUUAAAGACAUUACCAGUUGCCAAAGAUGCUCAGCUAUUGCAUUGCCAAAAAUCACAACCGAGAAUGAGAUUACAUACUGUGUGAGACACAUUAUUGUUAUUAUUAUAUAUUGUAUUAUGUCUGAAUUAUUUACAGUUUUUGCAUUUAUUGAUAUUUUAUUUGAUUGGAUUCAAAAGAAAAUAGUUUAGCUUUGCUUGUAUAAUACAAAUGCUCUAAACAAUGAGCCACUGGCUUAUGCAAAAAUAUGGCACCUAACAGUGUAUAAACAUUUAUUUAAUUAAAGGUGUGCUCAGUAAUUGUUUUGAUUCUCUUGUGCUGGAUGAUGUGGCCCAUUGUUUUAGACUUACACUGACACCAGACAGUGGAGAUGCUGCAUCCAAAAGCUGUUUGCAGACCUGCCCAAUACACAGUCAGCCAUGAUUUAUUACACCAAUGAAAGUGUCAAUUUUUUUUUAACAAAGGAAAAAUGACUGAGUGCACCUUUUAACAGACCAAAUAAAUAGACAAGCCUAUUUAUGAAUGUAUAUUUAUUAUAAUACACCCCCAGUUGCAUGAACAUUAAGUAGUAAGCUUUUAAUUUUGUCUAAUGUAAUUUCAUUUUCACUGACAAACACGAACAUUAAUUGUUUAUUCCAAAAGCUAAUGCAGAUACUCGUGCAUGCAUGCCAAUAAAACUUUUCUGAGUGCUCACAUCAGUUGAACUGGCGUUGUGAGUUGUGAGUUUUAUUAUUCAGUCAUGCAGUCAGAUGCAUUUUCACAAUUCAAGACUAUUAUGUCAGACCUAAAGCUUCUGUAAAAGGCCUUCAUUGUUUGUACAUUUUGUUCAAUAAAGAUUUGGCACAAUAUAAUGUUGGGUUGUUUGCCAAGUUUGGUGAAUCAGAUCACAUGCUGCAGAAAAUGCUUUUCUGAGAUUUUCUGUCUUGUUUCCAGCCAGAAUAUCUAAAAAUGCUUAGAAGGAUUUUCUAGACAAGCAAAAAUUGUUUUCAGAAAAAAAGAAGUCAAUCAAAACAAGCAAAAUCAUCUGUCAGCAGGGUAAGCAACCAGUUUCAACCAGAAAACAAGAUUACCCUGUAUGAUUUUCUUAAAUGGAACAUUAAAGAUAUUUUGACUGA